AUGAAAUGCUGCGGCGCACAAGAAGAUCGCCUACGGCAUGCUCCUGGUGUCGUCAGCGCAAAGUACGCUGCGAUGCGUCACUCCUGGGCUCUCCGUGUACUCGUUGUCGGCAAGACGGUCGCACAGAAUGUAAUCUUCGCGCUAAGAAUCAUAAGCAGUGAGAACAUAAUCAAAAGACUUGCAUCAGGCACCCAUUCACUAACCUCUAGAAGGUACCCAAAGUCGGCAAACCCGGUGCCGCCAACGCACCAAGGUCUAGGGUCAAAUAGCGUGACUACUAGCCGGCACGCCAACCUGCGCCAGUCAAAUGAUCAUUCAACUUUUGUCCCACAGCUCCGCGCACAUGGUCUCAGUUUAGACCGUGGUGUAAGCCCACCGCUAUCUCCCAAUGUUCCGUAUACCGAAUACGCCUUCAUCGAACUGCUGUCGCUCCCUUCCGAAGAUGUAGCAUAUCUCAGCUCCAACGACUGCUUGACUUUGCCAGGCUCUGAUGCGCUCGCUGAGUUUAUCCAAGAGUACUUCAAGCGCAUUCACCCACUGGUACCUGUCUUAGACGAGGCUGAGUUCUGGCGCAUCUAUCAAAAGAAUCAAUCUACGGGUCCCAAAAUAUCUCUUCUCGUGUUGCAAUCGUUGCUUGUCGCCAGCUGUCCGUUUGUGUCUUUGGAGACGUUGCGCGAAGAAUGUGGGUUUAAUGAUAUGCGGGAUGCACUGAAACAGCUAUACAACAGAGCCAAUCUAUUAUUCCAACUGAGAACCGGAAAACGGUCUCAUGCAAAUGCGCAAGGCGCUGUUCUACUUACGCUUUAUACCUCUGCGCAAGAACCCCAGGCUGGAAGCUUAUGGUUGACAAAGGCCAUCGAGUACGCCAUGCUCAUCGACGCUCAACCAUCCCCGUCGGUCGAAAAUGUGGCAAUAUCGCUAUCGCUUAAGAAACGACUUUGGUGGUCUAUCCUCCUGCGUGACCGAAGCCUAUGUAUUGGCCUACGCCGCCGUCCUCAGGUGACCUCAAUAAGGUUAUAUGGAUGGAGCGAUUGGCUAAGCAUAGGGGAUUUCAGUGAGGAGUUGUAUCACUCCCAAGUCUACAACUAUAAUACCAAGAAGCGUUUAAUAGACGCACUGCAAAAGCAAUGUGAGCUAGCAGUGCUACUCACCGAUCUGGUGUCUUUGGCAUUUACCCAUCCUAAGACUCCAAGACGGCUUCUGUCUAUGAUUGAGUUUCAAGGCCUCUUGUCGACUAUAAAAAGUAUCAAAAGAUCCCUCGACGAGUGGAAGCUGCCGGUCCCUCUAAAUUCACCAAGCAAGACAUCAACGUCAGAUAGCCAUGACCCAGUUACAGGCUUGACCUACAUAACAUAUAUGUACUACCACAUGGCACGAGUGGAUCUUGCUCAGUAUGCGGCAUAUUUACUGGAAGAGAACUUGUUCUACGCGGGAGAGACAUAUAACAACCUGGUUUUAGAGUUCAGUAAUGAUCUAUGGCAUGGAAUUCAGGGGCUGAGUCUCGUGAUGGAACAUUUCAGUAUCAAUGGAUACGCUGAUAGCCUUCCCUUGAGUGUCCUUGGAUACGUUAGUAUGCCACUCGUAUUGGCAGCUAUUGACCUCAAACUAUCUCCUUCUCGUGAGCAGAUGGAGGUAAGGCAACGACUUUUGAAUUCGCUGAGCCAAAUUAUCCGUCACUCAGAGACCCUAUACGACGUCACUGACUGCGUCGCCGUCUCGACUAACCAUAUCCUGCAGCUUGCUUAUGCGACCACGCAGAACCUCUUUGAAGAUAACCCACGUGAAUUACGCUCAUCUAACAACAUCCUGGGGAGAGCCUCCAACAUAUCAAUGUUGCCGAAGGCCGACCAUCCCACGAGCUGGCAAGAUGCGUUCAUUCGGUGUCCGAGGGCAUAUCUUUUGAUAUCGACGUCUUUGGACUAUGCCAUGUCAACAGGGAGGCUGCCGUCCGCGAGUGCGCUUCCUGAAAUCGUUCGGGACCUUGCUCUACUUCCCUGGACAUCUGAAAUUUCAUUCAGCGAAUCCACGAGCUCACUUGCGCGGCACAUGAAUCAAGUACAGCGACAGAGUUGCCUAGCUAGCGCGCAUUCGUCCUCCGUUGAAGGGAGAGAGGUCUUGAAUGACAUCGACAUUGAGGUGGAGCCAGAGAAAAACCUCACCCCGCAAACGGUCCAAUUUAACUGCAACUCGUCACCAGAUGCAUUUUCCGAGUAUCCUACAACGCCGUCUUUCAUGUUGGACGCGCCACUGCAACACAACAGAGUAGCGAAGCAAACGGAUUAUGAUAAUACUGCACCGAACCUGGACUUCAUGGAUUUUGCAGAUUCCCGAAGUGUGCCGAGCAACGAAAUGGAAACUUAUGCAUUGGGGAUUCCGCUAGAACUUAUCGAUCAGACCUUUGAGGGCGAAACCCCAUUAGAGCACCCAAGCUUUGAUACCUGUGCUGCCACCCUACCCCAGUCGAUUAAAGCGAUUGACUCGCUACUUUUUGACACUUUCUUUCACGAAGCAUUUGAACAAAAUUGGUCCGUUGGAUAA